AUGAUGAAAUAUCUAUUCUUAGUAGUAACAGUUUUUGCCGCCGUUAAGGCACAACAGCUAACUCAAGAAGAAAUCGAAAAAUUCAAAAAAAUACAUAGUGACUGCAUGAAGGAAACGUCGGUGGAUGAAGCCGUAAUGUUAGCAGCGAUGAGAGGUGAAUACACUGAAGAUGAAAAGCUCAAAAAUCAGAUCUUGUGCGCCAACAAAAAAAUUGGCUUCCAAAAGGAAAAUGGUGAUAUUGACGAAGAGGUUUUAUUCAAAAAGCUGGUUGAAAAGUUUUCCAACGAAACGCUGGUUAAGGCUGCGGUAAAACAAUGCGCUCAGAAAAAAGAUAAUCCAGCUGAGACUGGUUUUCAAAUGACCAAGUGUUUGCAUUCAAUGGCCCCGACGGAUCUUAAAGUGGAAUCAUAUUUUUAA